AUGUCCCAAACUCCUUCUGUAGACAUUUCGAUUGAAGAGAGGGAAUUGGGUCAUAUAACCAAAGAACAAGUAGAUGAAGAAGAGAUAGACUUACAAGAAGAUUCAUCGGUGGAGGAAUUUCCCAUGAACAAAGGCUAUUCAUGGGUAAUACUUUGUUGUACCUUCAUCUUAACUAUGGCAGCUUGGGGUAACAAUUCGGGGUAUGCUAUAUAUUUUGCAUAUUAUAGCUCAAAUGAAAUUUACAAAGGAUCGACUACAUUGGAUUUUGCAGCAAUUGGUGGUAUUAUCUUCGGAGUUGGUAUUACGUUUGCUCCGAUAAUUAAUUAUAUAACUGGGAAAUUAGGCUUGAAAUGGAUCUUAAUGUUAGGCAACCUUUUCCAAUUUCUAUCUUUGUUUCUUACUAGUUUCGAUUCCCAUAAACAUCUUUGGCAAGUGUUCUUAACCCAGGGUGUGUUACAAUCCCUCGGCCUAGCAUUACUUGGAUUACCAUCCUUCACAAUAUUACCACAUUGGUUUCAUAAUACAGGAGAUAAGAGCCACUAUAGGAUUAAAGAUAGAAUGUUAACCUUAUCACAAGGUAUAUCAACUGCUGGUAGUGGUGCUGGAGGGAUAUUAUUUAAUUUGGGAAUGCAAAAGAUUCUUGAAUCCCAUGGUGCCGCUUGGGCAUUAAGAACUCAGUCAUUUAUUUCAUUGUUUUUAGUUACAACUUCAAUCAUCUUAUUAAGAGAAAGGCAUUCAGGUGUCAAAAUAGCAUUUACCUUAAUUAAUAUGGAAAUUCUUAAAUUUCCGGGGUUUUGGGGUCUUGUUUCAUAUGUAACAUUUUCUAUGCUUGGAUAUGUGGUAACCUUAUAUAGUUUGGCUGAUUGGACAAUAGCUUUAGGUUACACUGCAUAUCAGGGUUCUAUAGUUGCUGCAGUGGUUGCAACAGGAAUGAUUAUUGGACGGCCAAUAAUUGGAAUGUUGUCUGAUAGAUUUGGUGCUUUCACCGUUGCGGGGAUAGUUUAUUUGACAUGUUCCAUAUUAGUUUUAACCAUGUGGAUUGUUGGUAAAAAUUAUGCAACCGCUUUAGUAUUUGGAUUAUUUAUGGGUGCAUUAUCAGGGACAUUUUUCCCAACAUUUGCAACCGUAUGCUUAAAUGUUUUGGGGUUUAGAUUAGCGAAAUUUAAUGUAACAUUCUACAUGCUGUGGGUUAGUUUAGGUAUUGCAGCUUGUUUUUCACCAAUUAUUGGUAUUGCAUUAAGAGAAAGAGCACCUGGUCCAUUAGGAUACAAGUUUUGUGCCAUAUUUGUUGGUGUAUCAUUUUUAAUGAACACCUUGACUAUCAUACUCCUUCGUGGAUAUGUCAUUUCUAUGAGAAACAUAACAAGUCCAGAUAUGACAGAUACUCAGUAUUUUGGUAGUAUUCCCAAAUUAUCGGAUAUUUUAAGAAAUUGUUUUAGAUUCCGUGGCGUUGGAUGGUUAUAG